CUCAAAAAAUGUCCAUUUCUGAGGGUAGCCAGAGGCAGCUCCUGCUCCCAGGCCAUGCGCUCUCUCGAGAUUCCUCAUCUGUCAGACGCAAUUACUCUAAUCUUCCCUGGAGUUUUUAAUCCUUUAAGAGUGGGCAGUCGGCUAUGAACAGGUGGCUCCGAAGUUUCUGUCCUGCAGGACUAUUUGGAUAGGUAAUCUCUCCCUCUGCCACUCUGACUGCACUGGAAGUAGGAUGCCCUGACUUGCUGCAGAGUCCAUCACAUCAACAUGGAUCUCCUCUACUCCUACCAGCAAAUUUGCACUUUUGCUGCUUUACAAAACAUUUCCUCAGUCUCCUCAUCAGUCUAGUGUCGGUGGAGCAAAAUCCUGUGGUUCUGGUGCCGCAGGGUGGAUGGCAAAGCCCCUGCCUGAAAACCACUGGAGCAGGAAGGAAACCUGUGGUCCUGCAGAACGGCCCACAUAGAGGCUGAUCACUGGAAGCCAUGGGAGCAGCAUAUGCAAAAAAGAAGGCGUGUGACUUUAAACAACCAUGCAGAAGAAACGGGAAACAGCUCAAUGGCAGAGCCUCAGCCUACGCUGACCUGCAGCGGGACGAGCAGCAGGAGUCACGACAAUGUCAGCACCGAGACAUGCUCACAGCUGCCAGCUACGUGCCCCAUCCAGAUUACAUGGAAGAGGACAAUGAUCUGAUCAAGCCUAAAAAGCUGCCUAAUCCAGUGAAAGCCUCUAAAAGCCACCAGGAUCUCCACAGGGAGCUUCUGAUGAAUCACAAAAGGGGCGUGGGAGCGGAGAGCAAGCCAGAGCUUCAGCGUGUGUUGGAACAGAGGAAGAGGGAGCAGUUGAUCAAGCAGAGGAAGGCAGAAGAGGAGGCCAGGAGGAAGAUAUCCCCACUGGAACAGGAGCUCCUCAAGAGGCACAAGAAGCUGGAAGAGCUGGAGAGGGAACAGGAGAAGCAAGAGGAAGGCGCGGAGAAAGCACCAGAGUUCAUAAAGGUGAAGGAGAACUUGAGAAGGACAAGCAUAAUGAACACAGGUGAAAAGGAGGUGUGAGAAGGUACCCUUGGAGUCUUCGGGGACUGGAGGUGGGGUGGCCUCUCCGAUGGGCCUGUCUGACAGGACACAAGCCCCUUCUCAUCACGCAGCAGAUGUUCUGAAGCAAUUGGACCGCAAAGGAGACACACCAGUCAGACAGUGAGCAUCUCUAAUGAGACCAAGUGAAUCUGCCAUGUGCACGUUUGAUCUGUAUGACCUCAAAAGCAGGCCGAGAGGAGUGUGUGGAUGUGAGUAGGCCUAAAGUCCGUCAUAUCUGUGGGGUGGGGGGUCUCCUCAAAAGCAGGCCGAGAGGAGUGUGUGGAUGUGAGUAGGCCUUAAGCCCAUGAUAUCUGUCUGUUUUUGGUGUCCAUCUCGGACCUUAGAUCAGACAAGUUUCAUAAAGUCUCUUUAAUCUUCAAGAGGCUAUUUGAAGCAGAACACCGGCCUUGCCUUUAUGGUGAAAGACGGGGCUGAACGCGCACUGAUGUCACACCACACGGCUGCGGACCCAUGACGAGUGUCUCCAUAUGACAUACACACUGCUUAGCUUCAUUUCACAGGGACUUCAAACCGUCCCUGAAUGUGCUCCACAGUGGCCGCUGUGAACAGCGACACAAUACAGACAGUAUUACAUGAAACAGAAAGAAGCGCUUCUCUCGUCAAAGAACAUAUAUAUAUAUGUACAUAUAUGCCAAAAGCUGAACUAAUGAAAGUAACAAUACUUAGAAAACAAUUCUACAAUGCUCAGUUUGCACUUUAGCUUGCAUGCGUUACAGCACAAUUUUGGAUGUCAAUAAAUAUUUUGUAAAUUUUAAAAUGACUUGGAUCAUGCUUCCCAUAGCAUUAAUUCAUUAAAAAGAUGCAUAUCUUAACAAAAAAGUGCAGAUAAUCUUUAUACAAAGUAGAAUGUGCAAAAAAAAGAUUUCUAGACUGCAACAAGAAGGAAUCAGAGAUUUGCAGGGUUUGUUCAGGAAACAAUCCAUGGAUUAUGGGCUCAGUCUUUUUCUAGUUCCUUCUACGGGGAUGCGUGCGAUCUAAUGCCCAUUCAUUAUUCCCACUGAGAUGACAUGUUCGGGCAUCAAAAAUCGAAUUGUUGAAAUGUAAGCCUGAAUGAAUGUUCCCCUGUAAUCGUAUGGGCACUGCUGGUGUCAGAUGUAGAUAUGACCAAUGGUCCGUAUUGAUCUAUUGCAAUGUACAGCAUGUUUGUGUUUGUGUGUGAGAGAGAGCAAGAAACAGAGUUUUGAGAGGGACUUUGUACACUGUUUGGAGAGAGGAAUUCUGUAAACUUUCUAAUAUAUUUCAGGACAUACUUGCUCCUCUUCAAAAUGCUAUUUUGGAAAUAUAUACACAUAUAGAAAUAGCGAUGUAAUCUUUUCCUGCAAAAAUAAUUAAGACAUUUAUUAAAGCUACUUGUCCAAUUUACCACAGCACUUUAGAAAUUCUUUAAAGAUGAAUCUUUUAGUACAUAUGUGUACAUUUUUUAGAAAUAAAAAUCUAUUGCAAAUACUAUUAAUUUAUAUUCUGUAUUACCUUUUAUGUUGACUUCUCUGUAGUAUUUAAUUAUUCAUAAUUUCAAAUUUUGUUUAAAUAAAUUGCAAAUGAUCUUUAACUGUAGGAAUGAUUGGCAUAGUUUAAUUAUUAUAAUGUCCUUUUAUGUUAACUUAUUGAUUUAAGUGUCUAUUUUAUAUUAACACACUGAAGUUUUAUGAGCAGAUAAAAUGAUUUUUUUUCCUGUUUUUGCACACGGCACAACAAAUGUUAUGAAUAACAUAGAUUAUUAUAAGCAGCAGUAUUUAAAAGAAGGUGUAUGGAAGUAAAACAAGGAUGCGUUGCUAUGUAUUUCAAAAUAAAGAAUUAAUGCCACAUUAAAAAGAAAAGUCUUAUAUCA